UGGCGCUGCCUGUACCUUUUCCGGUUUCGUCUGCCUCUGUCCUUUUUGUACACGUUGGAGGUUCGCGUUUAAUUCCAUGUGUUAAAUAUUGUGUCUUCUUUUCCAUGUCCCUUGGUUUUUAAUGCGUGCUCCCGAACUAUCGUCCUCAAGAUGCGUUCCGUGCUACUGCUUACAGUGCUCGUCUGCGCCGUGCAGAGUGCGUUCGGUGUGGAGUUAACUUUUGAACUGCCUGACAAUGCUAAGCAGUGCUUUCACGAAGACAUCACAGAAGGCACGCAAACAACUUUAGAGUUUCAGGUGGUGACUGGAGGCCACUACGACGUAGACAUGACCCUCGAGGGUCCCGGCAACGUGCAGCUGUACAAGGGGGUCAAGAAACAGUUUGACACCAUCAAGUUGAAGGCGGCCAAGACAGGCGUUUACACGGCCUGCUUCAGCAACGAGUUCUCCACCUUCAGCCACAAGCUAGUCUACAUGAACUUCCAGGUGGGAGAGGAGAAGCCCCUGCCUGGCAUCAACGAGCACUACACCGCCAUGACCAAGAUGGAAUCCUCGUCAGACGCGGCACACAGCAACCUCAACACCAUCGUGGACUACCAGACGCACCACCGGUUGCGGGAAGCCCAAGGACGCAAGCGGGCCGAAGACCUCAACUCGAGGGUGCUCUACUGGUCGGUGGGAGAGACUGUGGCCAUCCUGGUCAUCUUCGUCGGCCAGGUGUUCAUCCUCAAGGGCUUCUUCACGGACAGAAAAACCAUCACCACCACGUGAAGUGCACACCCUCUAGAGGCUCGUGUCGCCUUAGUUGCAGACGGGCGCGGAACAUGGGGGGGCCUCCUACGGUCAUGCAAUCUCGAGAGCUAGCCUACUUUUGUCUUCUGUGGUGUGGCAUUGACGCACCAUAGAAGGCGGUUAGCCAGCUCUGGAGGUUGAGGCAUCCGAAAAAGGCACACCUUGUUCCCCUAUUGUAAGUGACUGCAAGUAGGUGCAUACUGGCUCAUCUGUUUUCGAGUAAAAUGUUGGUUGUUGCCUAGUUGCUGAAACUGUGUUUUUUUUUUUGUUUUCUUUUAAAGGAGCAGCACCUACUUUUUUCUCAUUUCUUUGUCCAGGCAAGUGUAGGGGCAUGACUGCUGACUCCCGUUUGGAAAGGUGUUACUGUCCAUGCUUCGUAGGAAAGCACCAUACUGAGAAAAAGAAGUUCUUCCAAUCACUUGCCACAGAGAUUGGUGCUCACUCAAGACUGCCCUUCUAACAGAAAGAGGCAAUAAUAUCUCAUUGGCAUUUGAGGGCUUUAGUGGUUCUGCCACGGCAGUCAUUCUUUUGCAUCUGUCCUCGUGAGGAUUUUAAUGUAAUUGUGGAGCACAGCAUUUUAUUGUGACCUGUCUCUUCAUGCGUCGAUGCAGGUGAGCACUACUGGCCCGUGUUUGGAUGUCUGGCACUUGAUUGUCGUUAUUGGUCGUACGUGAAAUAAAAUUACUCGGCAGUGUUGCAAA